ACUGGUAAACCUGGACUCUACUAGUUGGUUGCUAGGCAACGCGGCCUAGUCGGGCCUAUCUUUCCUGGUCAGGCCUGGGCAAGUAGGCCUCUUGUUCUCGCUGCGCCGUGGCUCGGUGGCGGCGGCGCUUCCCCGUCGCGGAGCAGCCGAGGCGGCGUCCCCUGGGCCGCGGGGAAGGGAGGAGGCGAGCGGCCGGAGGGCCGGCCGCCGUCGCAGCGAGAGGCCAGGCGGGAUCCCGGGGGUCUCUCCUCAGGGAAGAGUUGGGCACAGCCCAGAUCCCCAGCCUCCCAAAAUACCACGACGAAGCCGAUGGCCAACGGAGAUACCAACCUGGAGGUGGACCAGGACAAAUACGACACGGAUGAGAAUGUGAAGAUCAUCUGCCUCGGGGACAGCGCCGUAGGCAAGUCCAAGUUAGUGGAGCGCUUUCUCCUGGAUGGCUUCAAACCUCAGCAGCUGUCCACCUAUGCCCUGACGUUCUACAAAUAUACAACCACUGUGGAUGGGAAGACCGUCCUUGUGGAUUUCUGGGAUACGGCUGGGCAGGAACGUUUCCAAAGCCUCCACGCCUCCUACUACCAUAAGGCCCAUGCGUGCAUCAUGGUCUUUGACGUCCAGAGGAAGGUCACUUACAAGAACCUGGGCAAUUGGUACAAGGAGCUGCGUGAAUUCAGGCCUGAGAUCCCCUGCAUCGUGGUGGCCAACAAAAUUGAUGCUGACAUGAAAGCGACCCAGAAAAGCUUUAAUUUUCCACGGAAGUUCAACUUGCCCUUUUAUCUUGUGUCUGCUGCCGAUGGUACCAAUGUGGUGAAGAUCUUCAAUGAUGCCAUCAAAUUGGCCAUCGCCUACAAACAGAAUUCAGGGGAUUUUAUGGAUGAAGUCUUGAAGGAGCUAGAGACUUUUGAACUGGAGAAGAAGGAGGGUAACUCACCAGACAAAGAGGAGAAUGACCCAGAAGAAAUGUAGGCAUCCACCUGAGUCCUGGAAAAACAGCAGGAAAGCCUGGAUCUGCUCCAUCAAGUAGCUAGAAUUUGUCCUUUCCACAGAAACUUGGGAGUGCCAAAUUUGUCUGCUGCUUGGAGGUGAAUGUGGGCCGCCUAACCAAGAAUAGCUAUGCUAUCCUGGGUACUUGUUGCCAUGUGUGGAUGGCCGAGAAGAUGCCCACAGCAGCUUGAUGCCCUUGAGAAUGGGGAGAUGAUGCCAUUUGGUGGGAGAUAGGCCCACUCCAUGGCCUGGUGGAGGAGGAAGCCCUCUGCAGAGCUGUUGGUGGGCUCCAUCUUGAGAAAUAAACGACUUAAGAAGGACAUUCUUGGCAUGCUUUCCUGUACCCUAAAUGAAGGAAGCAAACAUUUAUCUGAUCUCAAAUGGAGUGCUGCUUCUCAUCCUCCUCUCAUAGAAUCGCAUCAGGAACCCCUUGCGCAAAGGUGAGCAACUGUGGUGGGUCCUGGGGCCAAAUGUUUGCCUGUGGAUUCUCCACAGGCUGCUUGGACUGCCCAUAUGUAACACCAUUUCAAUGGGGGAAGUUAAUAACAACUUUUCAAGAUUAAAACUGAAAUCUUGGAAAAGAAAAGAGACACGAUCGACUUAUAAAUGUUCUAGCAGAAGGAUAGAUUGGUCGGAAAGACUGAACAGAGGGGUGAAAAAUACAUGGCCAAAUUUAUGUCAUAUGUAAGAGAGAAAAAUUACCUCUAAUAAAAAGGAAUUGGCAAUUUAUUAGAGAAAAAACAAAAAAUAGUAGGAAAAGCAAUAGAAAAUAUGGCUAGUUUAAUCGAGAUGAAAUUAUUUUAAGGAUAUCAGUGAGAUUGGAUGUGAAAUGCAUGGCUUGAUCGGAGUAAGUGAGAUGGAAUUGAUAUAUGCAAAUAAGUAAUAUGUAAUAUUAUCAAUAAACCAAAUGUCUUUUCUAUUUUGAUAACA